CCUGAAGAAGGGUUUCGACCCGAAAAGUCACCCAUUCAAUCUCUCCAGAGAUGUUGCCUGUCCCACUGGGUUACUCCAGCUUUUUGUGUCCAUCUUCGGUGGAAACCGACCUGUGCGGUUCCUUCUUGCAGUGAAAUAGAAAGAGAGGCGGAGCGCGGUCGGGCGUGUUUCAUACCGGGUUUCCGGCGGGGCUGCGUGGCCCAGAGGAGGAGGCGGCCGGCGCUGGUCAUGGUGUUGUUGGAGAGCGACUCGUUUCUGACGGAGCUAACCCGGCUUUUCCAGAAAUGUCGAUCCUCAGGAAGCAUUUAUCUCACCAUGAAGAAAUAUGAUGGCCGGACAAAGCCAGUUCCGCGGAAAGGGAACCCUGACAAUUUUGAACCUGCUGAUAACAAGUGUCUUCUGCGAGCAACUGAUGGGAAAAAGAAGAUCAGCACCGUGAUAAGCUCCAAGGAAGUAAACAAGUUUCAGAUGGCGUAUUCAAAUCUGCUGAGGGCACACAUAGAUGGCUUGAAGAAGAAAGACAAGAAGAGCAAGAGUAAGAAGACAAAGGCCACGCAAUGAUGUCAAGGCAUGGGAGGGGGGGGGUUGACUUUUCCUGUGCCUAACUACUUCCUACACAUCACAUGCAGAUGUAGAGGAAUCAAUGUUGGGUGAGGAAAGAGUUCCAGUAGGGCAUUGAUUAGAAAUGGACAAUACCCACAGUAUGGAUAACUCUUCUUCUAUUUGUGACACCUUUUUGCAUUAAUUCAUGCAUGAGCAUGUUUAUAACCAUGUCUCAUCAAUAGGUGGUGGGGAUGGAGUAUGGGGAGGGGGGGGGGGGGAGGAAUUUGCUGAACACGUGUUAGAAAAAGGUCAUUAUCCAACAAUGCAACCAUAAUCCAUUCCACCACUUCACUCUAUCUGUAGUUAACCAUGCUGUGCAGCAAUAUUCAGUUUAGUUUGUCACGUGUACCGAGGUACAGUGCAAAGCAUAUUGUGAAGCAUAAUGCAGGACAUGGCCAGAGUGAAUUUUAAUCUCUGCAUUUCUUUGAUUGUUAUUGAUAUUUUGCCUCAUUCAACUGAAUUAUCAAGUGAUCACUGCCAGCAAAGAUAAUUUCUGUGCAUUCUCCAUCUUUGAAGGUGCCAGUGGUAUCCAAUGAAUGUCAGUUUGGAAUGAUU